GAGUGGGGGGAUCACAUCAUCUUCAACAUCGUCGGCCUCGAGUGAAACGUGCCGAAUACAGCACCGCUCCAACCCAAUAAUUCGCCGUCCCGAUCCUGGAAGAGGUCGCCCCGCGCGCAGCACGUGGAUAUAUCCCUGUCUCCCCCACGUGCGCUGCGAACGAAGACGACCACCACGACCACGACCACCACCACCACGACCACCACGACCGCCGCGAUGCCGCUGCGAUGCCCUCUCCUCGCUCUGCUCGCAGCUCUGCUCGCGGUUCGAGGUUCGCGCCCGGGUUCGAGCAACGGGGACACGGAGUCCUGGGGACGGCAACGCGGCGGUCCCGAGGCCGGGGGAGCCUCCGAGCGGCGGCAGCUGCCGGUGCGACUCUCGCCGAACCGUGCGGGACAUCGACUGCUCCACCUGCCCGGCUCGGGAGCCGAGUCUCAUCCACGAGGCAGCGAAAGAGAAGAGGAGGAAGAGGAAGAACCCAGGUGCCGAGAGGUGCGCAUCGCGCGACACGUGACCGAGGGCACUUGCGUGAGCGCGCGACCGCUCAAGCAGGUGCUGUGCGCGGGUCACUGCGCCCCUUCCCGCGUCCUCUCCAACCUCGCCGUGGCCGCCGGCACCCGGGCGCACCUCGCCCGCGGUCGCCACAGGCCCGCCUGGCGCUGCGUGCCGGGACCGACGCGCGUCGCCCGGGUGCCCAUGAGCUGCCCCGGGGGUCACCGGAGGACGGCGAGGGUGCCGGUGGCCAGCGCGUGCCGCUGCAAGCGCGCGCAGCGGAGGCACAACGAGUCUCGCUCCUGCACGCUCGGCUUGUUCCGAGUCGUCUUGCUCUGGCUGGACGUCAAGACGCUUCGCUCCACGUUCGUCGUUGUUGUCGUCUUCUUCUUCUUCGCGGUUUCGGUUUCCGAAUUGUGUUAA